AUGGUUUCCUAUAAGCCCGACAGGUGUACGCCGUGGAACCAACAGAACUCAUUGUUGUCACCAGCAGAUCGUCGUCGUAAAGCUGCCGCGCCACCGGAAGGGAUGAGUGAUGCAACGUUAAAGUCGAGACAAACGGCAAUCAGCAGCGAUCAGCCAUCGAAACAAUCGUCCCAAACACUCUAUUAUCCGGACAGUUCAACGAGUGAGGCGAAACAGUGGGAUAUCUUCCGUUUAUUGCCUCCACCACCUGACAGUGCUGGACGGGGUAUAUCUAUUCAUUCGUGUUAUUUCCAAUAG